AUGUUGCUAAGACCUUCACUACGAGUGACAGCAGCGACAAGAACGCAUUUCAAGCAAAAGCACUCGAAAAUUACCCCACCAUUGGCUUCAGCAUACUCCUCAGCAUCUAAAGACUCGCAAGUACCCAAGAAUAGCGAGAAAUCCAAGACGGAACCCAACGAACCCUCUCCGAAAUCCACCACCAAAUCGCCCGAACAAAACAAAGCCAAAUCCGUCGCCCAAGCCGACGCCGAGCUCCGCGAACGAUUGGAAAAGAUGUCGGGAGAAGGAGGUGCAGCUGGAAUCGAAUAUGAAGAUGGCAAGCCGAAUGCCAUGAAGCGCGGUGUGCGGAACAACAUAUUCCGGCUGAUUUGA